UGAUAGAGGGGGCUGGGUGCGAAGUAUCAUGGAGGAUCAGUAAGAGAACUGUGGCCAUCCAAGAAAGCUGAGCUGUGGGUCCAAGAACUGGAGUUUCAGAAAAUUUGAUUGUCAUUUUUUUUACGUUAACAUAGUGUUUUAUAUUUUAUUAAUAAUGGAGAUGAAGAAGAGGAUCAGUUUAGAAUUGAGGAAUAGGACACCAGCGGAGGUGGAAGAACUGGUGGUGGAUAAUUGCCGCACCAGUGAUGGUGAAGUAGAGGGCCUGACGGAUGAUUUCAAGGAGCUGGAAUUCCUCAGCAUGGUCAACGUUGGACUCAUCUCCCUGGCCAAACUACCCUCUCUGCCCAAGCUGCGCAAGUUGGAGCUGAGUGACAACAACAUCUCAGGUCAUUUGGAGACCCUUUCAGAGAAGUGCCCCAACCUGACGUAUCUAAACCUGAGUGGCAACAAGAUCAAGGGGCUGAACAACGUUGAGGCCCUGCAAAAUCUGAAGAACCUGAAGAGCCUGGACCUGUUUAACUGUGAGAUCACCACACUGGAGGAGUACCGUGAGAGCAUCUUUGAGCUGCUGCCUCAGGUCACCUACCUGGACGGCUUCGACCAGGAGGACAACGAGGCCCCUGACUCAGAGGCAGACGACGACGACGAGGAUGAGGGGGAGGAUGGAGCCGGGCCCACAGGGGACGAUGAUGAAGAUGAGGAUGAGGAGGGGGAGGACGGAGGAGAGGUUGGGCUCUCUUACCUGAUGAAGGAAAGGAUCCAGGACGAAGAAGAUGAUGACGACUACGCAGAGGAGGAGGAAGAAGAGGAGAAGGCAGGAGUCAAAGGGGAGAAGAGGAAGAGGGAUGCUGAGGACGAAGGGGAGGAGGAGGAGGAUGAUGACGACGACUAGGCUUGUCCUUCCCCUGCGAACCUCUGGAUCCAGAUCCAAGUAGAACAAUAACCACAAAAAAGUGUGAUCUUGCAGAUUGUUUCUCUUUGUAAACCAUAGAUAUCACUGUAGAGGCUGUUUCUUUUAUAUAUAAAUAUAUAUAUGAGAUACUAUACGAAAAGGAGAUUUUAUCGACAAAUAAUUUGUUCAUCUUUCUAAGUUAAAUUACCACCCCAAAAAUCUCAUCAAUAUGCAGGCAGUCUAAAAUUAAUGGAUGUAGGGGGGUGGGAGGGGCUGGAUUUAUGUUAUGGGCUAAUUUAAGAAGGGCUGUCGCUACAAUGACCAGCCAUCCGCACAACAGAAGUGGCCCACACUGUCCCUCGUUGACAUUCGUGUUCAACAAAACUCCAGUGACGUUCCAAGACCCAUGACAGGCCAGGCAGCCCAGAGUCCAGCCCAGCCCAAAGAGAUAGAGGACGCAUCUUUGUAUCCUUGCCCUUAUAGCAUCUGUGACUGCAUGGGCAGCGCAGUCGCUCUGGAUAAGAGCGUCUGCUAAAUGACUUAAAUGUAAUGUAAUGUAAAUGCAGUCUCAAUUUUAAAGUAGUCAAUUUUCUUCACGAUUGGCUGAUCCCUCCUGACGAUUCGCAACAUGGUCACCGGGAGGGAUCAGCCAAUGAAGUUAGAAGUCCUACUCAGUUGACGACAUUAAAAAGGUUGGAAGCCUUCAAUGGCGCUGCCCAUGCUAAUACAGCCUUUUGGCCACUAGAGGCCUCUAUCAUUCUCUAUGGCCCAGCCAAGUCUGAUCUACCUCUCUGGGCCACGGUGAGAAGAGAAUGCCCCCUACAGGACAACACUCUACACAGAACCACCCUCACUACUCAGGCGGGCAUACCAGGCUAGAAAAAAAGGCACCAGGAAGUUUAGGAACCUCUACCGUCAUCACUGUCUGCCACAAGCAGUCUCCUCUUUCUCCCCAGCCACCCCAAUGCAUUUGUACCAGAUCGUUUCCAGCCAUCAAUGAAAGUCCUGUCUCCCGUAAGCAUAGCAAAGACUGUGUUAAGAUCCCUCACACAGUACAUGACUUGUUUUAGGAAUUUUUUUAAUCGUGGGAGGUUGGGAGAUCCAGAAAAGUAGUCUAGCAGUUUCAAUACUAGCGUUAGCCCUGGGGAGUUGUAUUUCCAACUGAUGUGCAAACCGACCACGACAUUUGUUAGGGCCAUAGAGCUGUGGCUUUCCAGGACUGGUGCUGGUAAUCUGUAUUCUAAAUCAAACCUAGCGGUUUGGCCUUAACCUUAUCUGUCUUUAACGGAUGCAAACCAAUAUAUUUCCUUCUGGUUCAACAGGCCAUAUCUGUUAACAGCUUUAAAUACUGUAACCUGACUAUUAAUGUUGUUGUCGCGGUGAGAGGGGCACGGCCAUAAUGUUUAUAUUGAAAAAGUUAAGGUCAAACCGCUUCGGUGUAGGAAUGAACCGCAUCCCGAAGUAAAUUUUUAUCUUUGUCUUGCUGUUUAUGCAAGUUAGUUUAUAAUUGUACUGGUAUUUUACACAGCAGGAACUUUAAUCUAUUAUUUGUAAGGCAAUAUGUAAAUAGUUUCAGUUCCAACAGUUUGAUGUUUCAUGUGUUUUUUUUGUGUGUUUUUUUAAUGACUUUUUUUGUCAUUUUGUUUUAAUAUAAAGCACAGGUCAAGAAGCCAAACUCUGACCUAACACACUCAAUAUAGAUUAUUUUCCAUCCUUGGCUGUUGUGACACGUUGUGUUUUGUGUGGUGUAAACAUCUUAAAAUGAGGAUUUUGAAUAAAACAAUAUAUAAACAGAAAA